GCCCAUUUUGGAUGCUCACAGAAUCCGCUUCACCACCAUCGAUGUGGUGCGGUUCAAAAUGUUUGAGGUCGACGACGAGGACUCGGGUGAAGAAACCCAUAUGGGUCCUGUGACGAUCUGGAUCGGUGUCUCCCUCGAUAUCACCUCCGCCACAGCUGCCCAUGACGCCGCUCAGGAGAUUCUCGCUCUCCUUUCCAAGAACGAGAUUGUGGACGUUGACAUUGACUUCCGUGGUUCAAUCUACAGGCGUCAUGUUGGCCCUGUGCUUGUCCCGCCCGUCAAUGAUCUCGACCCACUCCUUGAGGUUGUCAGUCCAAUCAAUCCCGCCCUCGGCCUCUACAUCUCUACCAGAGUUAGGCCCAAUGCUCAGGGCACCAUGGCCGUCUACCUCGCCGAGGGCGGCAAGGAUAACCGCCUCUUGGGCUUGAGUUGCCGACACGUCCUCAUAUCUCCUGAGGAGCCCAACACCCCCGUCACUUGGCGCCCCAACGCACCUUCUAGGGAUGUGCUCCUCCUUAGUGGAUGCGCAUUCAACAAAUUUGUCGACUUUAUCAAGCUCAAAGCCAGAAAAGACGGCAUCAUUGUUGAGUAUUGGAACAGGCUGAUUGAACGCCUCAAGAGGCAGGAGGCCGGUGGUGACACUGCGGACGCUACGAGGGCCAUGGCAUCGCGCAUUAAGGCUGAGAGGUUGGUAACCGAAGCAGAGGAAGCGAUGGAGGCGCCGCAGACGUUCCUCAAGACCGUCGACCGGAAAUGGAGGACUAUCAAUAACCGCGUGCUUGGCCCCAUCCUCUACUGCCCACCCAUCAGCCUCGGUGUCGGUAAUGAGCGGUUUACCGAAGAUUGGGGCAUGUUCCAAAUUGACCGCGCCAAGCUUGGCACAGGCUUCCAAGGCAAUGUGAUGGAUCUGGGCACAAACAUGACACUCGACGAGUUCACGUGCAAGUGUUUCCCUCGUGACGAUGCAAACUGGUCUUUUACUUAUCCCAACGAUCGUCUUCUCCCUCUCGUGGGCACCAUAACGGACCAGCAAAUGCAUCAUCCGGACAUGUUCGACAGCAAUCAUGAGCCCUGCCUGUUGGUCGUGAAGUCGGGCAACAGUACCGGCACCACCAUUGGCCGCGCAAACGGUGUCUUUUCCGUAGUCCGCGAGUACUACGCCCACGACAUGAACAUCAACCAGACGUCAAUGGAAUGGGGAAUCUUCAGCUACAGCGAGGGGUCAGGAGUGUUCUCAGAGCCGGGCGACUCGGGUUCCAUCAUUGCUGAUAUCAAGGGCCGCAUUGGCGGCAUGCUCACUGGCGGCUCGGGCACAGACAAGGUGGACAUGACCUACGCCACCCCCUUCUGGUGGCUUCUUGAGCGCAUCAAGGCCAACUUCCCCGACGCACACCUCGGCGUUGAUUUUUAAGCCUGCUGAUCCAGAAAAUACUAGUUAAUACAUUAUUUUGUGUAUGCUACUGAACCAUUCAACGGUAUCGAACCGUUCAUGUUAAGGUUAGCCAGAGGAAGCAGUUCUGUGGAAUGGAUGGAAGAGAGCCAUUCAAAGGGGUUGAACCAUUCAUGUCGUAGGUAAGACAUAGAAUGGAUCAAUUGAACC